CCGUGGCGGCCGUCGCGUGCAUUGUUAAAAAUUGAUAAACCAUUAACUACCAAGAAACGCUGACCAUUCUGAGAAAUGUCGCAAACAUUAGUCGCAGGUUUGCAUGAUGCAUUUCGUACUCGGAUGUGCUUGAGGCGGAACAAUACACCAAAACAAUCGCCAGUGCUGAUUGCAGCCCCGGGGACGCCCACGGGGGCCACAGGACACGGGGGCGAGGCAGAGGAGCGCUAAUCCGAGGGCAAGGUGGAGGAAGGGCCCGAGCAGAGGCAGGGCGGGCGGGCAGACGGGGAACUAGAGGCGGAGGGGUACUGUCUGGCGGGGCGGUGGCGCGGCCAACAUGUCGCCCAAUGAUAACUUGUGAAGCGGCGGCGGCGAGCGGCGGCGGCGGCGGCGGCGGCGGCAGUGGCGAGCGUGGCGGAUCCCGGCGGCACUCGCGGUUCUCGGUGGCACUCUGUGACUCCCCUUGUGCUGUGGUGGAGAGCAGACGGCGGCGGCGGCCAUACAGGUCUCGCUGAAAAUGUCCAUGUUGCCCUUCACGCCGCCCGUGGUGAAGAGACUGCUGAGUUUCAAGAAGGGCGAAGGCGAAGACAAAUGGAGUGAGAAGGCGGUCAAGAGUCUCGUGAAGAAACUCAAGAAGUCUGGGGGUCUGGACGAGCUGGAGACAGCCGUGACCACCGAAGACCCGAACACUCGCUGCAUCACCAUCCCCAGGUCACUGGAUGGGCGGCUGCAGGUGUCCCACCGUAAGGGGCUGCCGCAUGUUAUCUAUUGCCGUUUGUGGCGUUGGCCUGAGCUACAGAGCCACCACGAGUUGCGCGCUCUUGACCACUGCACAUACGCGUUUAACCUCAAAAAGGAGGAGGUCUGCGUCAACCCUUAUCACUACACCAAGAUAGAGGCUCCAGCCUUGCCGGCCAUCCUGGUGCCGCGCGGGAGCAGCAGCAGCAGCAGUAGUAGUGGAGGCGGAGGAGGGGGAGUGGGCGGAUCGGGCUCAGAUCCAGGGUCGGCAGAGGACUUGGGCUCCCUAGCUGAUCUCACGGCUGACAGUGUCAGCGACUCGACUUCCCUGACCUCGGUGGCCCCCACCCUCGACCCCCAGCCCACUUUCCCCCCAACCGAGUCUCCUCCGCCUGGCUACAUGAGCGAGGACGGCGACAGUCAUGACCUGCCCGAUAUUACAAAUUACUCAGGUAUUUUAUAAAACCCAUAGUGAGUU